CCCUAUAACCAUUCUUCUCUUCUCUUCAACAAAAAAGAAAAAAAAAGUUCCAUGGAGAGUAGUUGUGAAGAAUCAAGUGCAAUAGUAGCCACAUUUUCAAGAAAAGAUAAGAGGAUGACUCAAAAUGUGUCUAAAAGGCAAAAAAGAAGGAGAGAAAGUGGCUAUAUUGUUAAUAAUAAUAAUAAUGAAGAAGAAGAAGUGGAAGAAAAGAUCUUGGCAUUGCAAAAAAUAGUACCAGGAGGAGAAACACUUGGAGUUGAUAUGCUAUUUGAAGAAACUGCUGGCUAUAUUUUGCAAUUGCAAUGUCAAGUUAAAGCACUCAAAGUUCUUGCUAGCUUUGUUGAAGGAAAUGACAAACAAAGGAUGAAGCUUGGAGGUUAAAAUUGUCUUCUUUUUUUUUUGUUUUGGUACAUUUUGGUUAGUAAUCAAAGACCAAGUUUAGUUUUUUUUUUGUUUUGUUUGGAGCUAAGGAGAAGGGCUAGUGAAAAUUAAAACUUGCACCUUUAUUCAA